UUUGCUUAAGAUCGGAGAGAUCCAAGAAAUAGAAAGAGAGAGACAGAGACCCCAUAUAUUCAGAAUAAGGCAAGGAAGGUUGACAAGGGGAAGAUGGGGUGCACAUUUUCUGGGUUGAAUGCGCUAUACGAUGCAGUAAACGGCGGAGGAGACGUUUGGAUCAAUGAGAACCGGUUCAGGAUCGUGAGGCAGCUCGGGGAGGGCGGGUUCGCCUACGUUUUCCUGGUCAAGGAGGUGCCCACAGACUCGGGUUCGGCCUCUGGUGGCGGUGGUGGCUUGGCUAAGAGAGUCAAGGACCCAUCUCAUCUCUCUGAUGAUGGCACUUAUGCCAUGAAGAAAGUUCUCAUUCAGAAUGCUGAACAGUUAGAGUUGGUUAGGGAGGAAAUCCGCGUCUCAUCGCUAUUCAGUCAUCCAAAUUUGCUUCCACUUCUUGAUCAUGCUAUUAUUUCUAUUAAGCCAACACAAGAAGGAUCUAGGAACCAUGAAGCAUACUUGUUAUUUCCAGUUCAUUUGGAUGGAACAUUACUGGAUAAUGCCAAAGUUAUGAAAGCUAAAAAGGAGGUUUUUUCUACCUCAGAUGUUCUUUAUAUAUUUCGACAGCUUUGUGCAGGACUCGAGCAUAUGCACAAUCUUGAUCCUCCAUAUGCACAUAAUGAUGUCAAACCUGGUAAUGUUCUUAUAACUCAUAUAAAAGGAAAACCUCCUCUUGCUAUAUUAAUGGACUUUGGCAGUGCUCGACCUGCCAGAAAGCAGAUUCGCUCUCGUUCAGAGGCACUUCAGUUGCAGGAAUGGGCAUCUGAGCAUUGUUCAGCUCCUUUUCGAGCUCCUGAGUUGUGGGAUUGCCCAAGCCAUGCAGACAUUGAUGAGAGAACUGAUAUUUGGUCGUUAGGAUGCACUUUAUAUGCAAUAAUGUAUGGGGUAUCUCCAUUUGAGUACGCACUUGGAGAAUCGGGAGGAAGCCUACAGUUGGCCAUUAUAAAUGCCCAGGUAAAGUGGCCAGCUGGUCCUAAGCCCCCAUAUCCAGAAGCUCUCCACCAAUUUGUGACAUGGAUGCUUCAAACCCAGGCUGCAGUUCGCCCUCGCAUAGAUGAUAUCAUAAUCCAUGUGGAUAAGUUGAUUUCGAAGUUCUCUAAUUAAGACAAUAUCAGAAUGAACACAUUGGAGUGUGAUAAAUGGGUUAUAUGCAUGUCAGCAGAUUGACUUGUCAAGGUCCAUUGACCAUCCAUUUUUCAACCGAGGGAUAUAUCAUAUAUGGCAAUGAAGUUAUCAAAACAACUUAAGCUAUAAUGUUACAGAGUACGAUUGUGGAGUAGUAGUUUGGGCAGUUGUGCAUUGGUUUAGUUUUAUUGUAUUGUUUUGUAACAGCUAUCUAGUUUUAUCUCUUGCAAUGUACCAAAAGUGCUAAGCUUCCCCAUUUUGAUUAGAUUUUAUUGCAUUGUAAACGCACAAUUAUCUGUGGUCUACCCGAAGUCUCCAACUAUUAAUGUUUAUAGGACUUUGACAUUCUUGUCCUAAAGGGCUUACAAAGUCGGCAUUUAUCCAA